AUGUCUGCAUCUCGCUUUGCGACCCUCCUGAACCAUCCCGCGGGCCCCAAAACUGUCUUCUUCUGGGCACCAAUGAUGAAGUGGUGUUUGGUGGCUGCUGGCAUUAAAGACAUGACUCGUCCAGCCGAUACGCUUAGUGUCUCUCAGAAUAUUGCUCUUGCUGCAACUGGCAUGAUUUGGAUUAGAUGGUCUUUGAUCAUAACCCCAGUCAACUACAGUAUGGCCCUCGUAAACGGUUUUGUCGGUCUGUCAGGCCUCACCCAGCUGGGAAGAAUAGCCAAGUGCGUGAAUGCUAGCGUCGAAUCAGUACAAUUGAUCAUGCGACCCUCAUACCAGCUACCGAUACAGCUCCGCGUCUACUACUGCGUGAUACGCGCUUUGCUUUCAAGUUGUCGUCUUGCUUUCUGUUGCUUUCGAUAG